CUGCUCUCAUUGGCGGCCCCGCUUUCAGAGCGGCGUUUCUCACCCGCGUGGCUUCGGGCGCCUCACCCGGCACCUCCCGCCGCGUCGGGCAUCCGUCUCUUUCACCCCUGCACUCUCCAGGGGAAACUGAACACGUUUUCCAGCCUGACUCGGCAGGGCAAACCAGAACAUUCCCCGUCUAAGCAGUUCCGGGGAGUUUUAACAACUUCCUGGUAAUCAAGUGAAAAAGAUGAGCUUCAUCUGUGGAUUGCAGUCUGCUGCUAGAAACCAUGUUUUCUUCCGAUUUAAUUCACUGUCUAACUGGAGAAAAUGUAACACAUUAGCAUCAACCUCGCAGGGCUGUCAUCAAGUACAAGUUAACCAUAUAGUAAAUAAGUAUCAGGGACUGGGAGUAAAUCAGUGUGAUAGGUGGACUUUUCUGCCUGGAAACUUCCAUUUUUAUAGGACUUUUAACAACAAAAGAACAGGAUGCCUCUCAAGUACCAAAAAUAAGGAAAUUUGGAUGAUUACCAGCAAAUGUACUGUAUGGAAUGACUCUUUUUCAAGACAGCUACUAAUAAAAGAAGUUACAGCAGUUCCUAGUCUGUCAGUAUUGCAUCCUCUAAGCCCUUCUCCUGUAAGAGCUAUUAGGAAUUUCCAUACUUCUCCACGGUUUCAAGCUGCUCCGGUUCCUCUCUUGUUGAUGAUUCUUAAACCAGUGCAGAAGUUAUUUGCAAUCAUUGUAGGCAGGGGCAUAAGGAAAUGGUGGCAGGCACUUCCUCCUAACAAGAAGGAACUAUUUAAACAAAGUAUAAGGAAGAAUAAAUGGAAGCUAUUCCUUGGUUUGAGUAGUUUUGGAUUGCUCUUUGUGGUGUUUUAUUUUACUCACCUGGAAGUAAGUCCAGUCACAGGAAGGAGCAAGCUACUAUUAUUGGGGAAAGAGCAGUUCAGACUUUUAUCAGAACUGGAAUAUGAAGCACACAUGGAAGAAUUUAAAAAUGAUAUGCUAACUGAGAAAGAUGCCCGAUACCUGGCUGUUAAAGAAGUGCUUUGUCAUCUAAUUGAAUGCAAUAAAGAUAUUCCAGGGAUUUCUCAGAUCAAUUGGAUUAUUCAUGUGGUUGAUUCCCCAAUUAAUAAUGCCUUUGUACUUCCAAAUGGACAAAUGUUUGUUUUCAGUGGAUUGUUAAAAAGUGUAACCGAUAUUGAUCAACUUUCUUUCCUUCUGGGCCAUGAAAUAGCACAUGCAGUACUUGGACAUGCUGCAGAAAAGGCUGGCAUGGUUCAUUUUUUGGAUUUCCUAGGUAUGAUUUUCCUCACAAUGAUUUGGGCCAUUUGUCCUCGAGAUAGUUUGGCACUUUUGGGCCAGUGGAUACAGUCUAAAUUGCAGGAGUAUAUGUUUGAUAGACCAUACAGCAGAAAAUUGGAGGCUGAAGCUGACGAAAUUGGACUACUGCUUGCUGCAAAGGCUUGUGCAGACAUAAGAGCCAGUUCAGUGUUUUGGCAGCAAAUGGAGUUUGUCGAUAGCCUGCAUGGCCUACCCAAGAUGCCAGAAUGGUUAUCUACACACCCUUCUCAUGGCAAUCGAGUUCAACAUCUGGACAGACUUAUACCUCAGGCUCUCAAAAUUAGAGAGAUGUGUAAUUGCCCACCACUGUCUAAACCAGACCCUCGAUUAGUAUUCAAACUCAGCAUGGAGCAUUUUCUUGAAGAAUCAGAGAAAGAAGACCUAAAUAUCACAAAGAAACAGAAAAUGGAUACUCGUCCCGUUCAAAAACAGGAGCAAAUACCAUUAACAUACGUAGUUGAGAAAAGAACUGGCAGUUGAAUUAAAAUUUAUGAGACACAAGAUAUAUGAAGAAUGUUGCAGUCCUUAUCAUUUUAUGUUACUUUUUAAAAAAUGAUGUUUGAAGUUAAAAAAAAAAAAAAAAGGAUAUUCUGGGUCAAAUCAUGUAUAUUACAGAUAUUAUCUAAAUUCUUCUAGAAUUUAUUUUUCAUGAAAUAUUGAUAUAUUUUAAUCUAUGUUAAAAUAUCUUGAAUGAGGAAAAUGUCACAGAAUAAAUUUAUAUUACACAUUUUA